UUUCACGAGGGCAAAAGGACUCGGACUCCGUAGGCCGGCUUUCAGCGCGACCGUGGAUCUGGCGCGCAUGCGCAAGUCCGUUACCAUAACGACCAGAAGACGCCGCACCUCUGUAGGCUGAGAGGAAAGUGAGCCGAGUCUCCAGAUGAUGGAGACCCAAACUUUGCCCAAGGAUGAGGUGGCUGACGCAGUGGAGCUGGAGCUUGAGGCCGUGAUCGGAUUCAAUGGACAUGUCCCCACUGGUCUAAAAUGCCAUCCUGACCAGGAGCAUCUGGUCUACCCUCUGGGUUGCACCAUCCUCAUCCAGGCAAUAAAUACUCAGGAACAGAAUUUCCUACACGGUCAUGGCAACAACGUCUCCUGUGUGGCCAUCUCCAAGAGUGGACUUUACAUUGCGUCUGGACAAGUCACAUUCAUGGGCUUUAAGGCAGAUAUCAUUUUGUGGGAUUAUAAGAAAAGGGAGCUGAUGGCUCGGCUGUCACUUCACAAGGGCAAAAUUGAAGCUCUGGCCUUUUCACCAAAUGAUAUGUACUUGGUAUCACUAGGAGGCCCAGACGAUGGAAGUGUGGUAGUCUGGAGCAUAGCCAAGAGAGAGGCCAUCUGUGGCAGCCCCGCAGCCGGCCUCAAUGUCGGGAACGCCACCACAGCCGUCUUCUCCAAGUGCCGCGACGACAUGUUUGUCACCGCUGGAAACGGGACAAUUCGAGUAUGGGAACUGGAUCUCCCAAACAGAAAGAUCUGGCCAACCGAGUGCCAAACAGGACAGAUGAAAAGAAUAGUCAUGAGCAUCUCAAUGGCCAAUGACGAUAGCUUUUUCUACCUUGGUACCACCACUGGAGAUAUUUUAAAAAUAAACCCCAGGACAAAGCUGCUGGCAGACACAGGGCCUGCCAAGGACAAGUUCAGUCUGGGAGUGUCAACUAUCUGUUGCCUGAAGAUGGGGGGUUUGUUGGUGGGCUCUGGAGAUGGAUUGCUGGUCUUCUGUAAAAGCCCCAGCUACAAACCCAUCAAGAAAAUCCAGUUACAAGGUGGAAUCACCUCUAUCACACUUCGAGGGGAAGGACACCAGUUCUUUGUAGGAACAGAAGAAUCACACAUUUAUCGUGUCAAUUUCACUAAUUUCAAAGAGACUCUCAUCACAACUUGUCACUUUGAAUCUGUUGAGGACAUUGUCUUCCCAUUCGGCACCGCUGAGCUGUUCGCCACCUGCGCCAAGAAGGACAUCCGAGUAUGGCACACGCUGACCAACAGGGAGCUGCUGCGGAUCACCGUGCCCAACAUGACCUGCCAUGGCAUUGAUUUCAUGCGGGACGGCAAGAGCAUCAUUUCCGCAUGGGACGAUGGUAGAAUCCGAGCCUUUGCCCCGGAGACAGGCCGACUGAUGUACGUUAUUAACAAUGCACACAGGAUUGGCGUGACCGCCAUUGCCACCACCAGCGAUUGUAAAAGGAUCAUCAGCGGUGGAGGAGAAGGGGAGGUGAGGGUGUGGCACAUAGGCCACCAGACCCAGAAGCUGGAGGAGGCCCUGAAGGAGCACAAGUCCUCCGUGUCCUGCAUCCGGGUGAAGAAGAGCAAUGAGGAGUGCGUCACAGCCAGCACGGACGGCACCUGCAUCAUCUGGGACCUGGUGCGUCUUAGGAGGAAUCAGAUGAUCCUGGCUAACACCUUAUUCCAGUGUGUCUGUUACCACCCGGAGGAGUUCCAGAUCAUCACCAGUGGCACAGACAGAAAGAUUGCUUACUGGGAAGUGUUCGACGGCUCAGUCAUCAGAGAGUUGGACGGUUCCUUGUCCGGGGCUGUCAACGGCAUGGACAUCACAGUGGAAGGGGUGCACUUUGUUACAGGUGGAAAUGACCAUCUGGUCAAGGUCUGGGAUUACAAUGAGGGUGAGGUGACCCAUGUUGGGGUGGGACACAGCGGCAACAUCACCCGCAUCCGGAUAAGUCCAGGAAAUCAGUACAUCGUUAGCGUGAGUGCCGAUGGGGCCAUUUUGAGGUGGAAAUACCCAUUUCCCUCAUGAAGCAGCAGAGAUCUCCUGGAUUCACAGCAUCAAUUACCAUCUUGUUGAAGAAGCCUGAGACUCCUAGACUAAUCUUGCUUUCUCACAUCUGUGUUUUUGUUCUUUGAUCAAAAUAUUUUAUCUACAGGUUUCUCCUUUCCUUUAUAGAAUGCAUUGCACAUUCUUGAAUUGUAUAUUAAAAUUGAGAUGUGUUCAAGAAUAA